AUGCAAUCAAUCCUCCAAAAAACAACAGGCAUCGGCCCCCAAGUCAUCAGACCAGAGCAUCUCGAAGGCCGCGUCGCAAUCGUAACAGGCGGCGCCCUCGGAAUCGGCUACGAAGUGUCCCGCGCCCUCGCCAACGCAGGCUGCAAAGUCAUAAUGAUCAACCGCAAACAAGAACAAGGCGACGAAGCCAUCUCCACGAUCCAAAACGAAAAGUCCGACGCCAAAGUUGACUGGAAAGAGUGCGACAUGGGAAACCUCGCUCAAAUCCGGGAAGUCUUUGGUGGUCUGCGAGAGUCUCUUGAUAGACUUGACUUUUUGCUUUGGCCGCUUUUGAGAAAGACGGGAAAGAUGGAGAAUACACCGCCGCCGAGAGUUGUGUUUGAGGCUAGUGAGAUGCAUCGUCUCGCGCAGCUUUCGAACAUCCAGUUCAGAAGCAAGGAUGAGAUCAACGAUUCGAACCUUGACUCUACGGCGAGGUACAACAGGACCAAACUUGCCAUGAUCUUGUUUGCAAAGUAUGGAUUAGCUGGAAAGGUCAUCCAGGAGAACAAUGAUAGGAUCUACGCCCUUUCUGUCCAUCCUGGAGCGGUCAAUACCGCGAUGCAGCAGCAGUGGAAAGAUGCCUACCCCGGCCUGACAGGAAGACUUCUAUCCUGGGCAAUGCUAGCCAUCGGUCGUGACGUUGAGCAGGGAUCUUACAGUGCACUCUGGGCGCUGACUUCGCCGAAGAUCGAGGAGGAGGAUCUGAAUGGUUACUACUUCUCUGAUCCUGAUCAAGACGGCAAGGAAACGAGUCAGGCUUCAAACCCGGAAUUGGCAAACAAUUUGUGGAACCUGAGCACGACUCUUAUUGAGGGGGUGUUGGGCAGUGAUGCUUUGCUUGACUGGAAUGUGUCUACUGUGACUGGAAAGGAUCUCAAGUAA